AGCCCGGCUUUGCCUCUUCUUCUUGCGCCAUAGCCAAUUGUCAGUAAUGCUUAGAGCUCCUCCAUGAGCGAGAGCUCCAAGGAACUGUCCACUUUCUCUUCUCUUUCUUUCAUCACCUGAGAAUGCAUCCAUCCUUUUGGGUUGCAGUUUUUCCCUUGUUGUGAGAAGGGAAGAUCCUCGUUAAAACUACGGUGUCGUACAUUUACAAUCUCUCGAUCAGUACCUGAAUCGGCUCAUCUGGCGCAAGAGCUUGGGCUUCAUUAUUUUAUUUUAUUUUUCUUUUCAGAAAUCAGUUUGCUAGACUGACGGGAGGGAAUCCGCUUAGAAUUAGCGAUUAGAUCGUGUUUGAAGUGGUGAAGAUUCUUUUAGAGAAUUACUUGUGCGUGAGCUUAUCCGUUGUGAUUUGCGCUGCAUCUGGGACUCGGUUUGUGGCCUCUAGGUCUUCAGAAUUGUGUUAGAUACACGAGGCCGAUUGUCGGAUUUCAGGUACAAAGCGUAACCUAGGUCUGCUCAGAUACGUGGAAUUUUGGUGUGAGCACUGCGUUACAAGUCGUGCUUGACUUUUUAUCAAUGCAAGCAGCCUGAUUGAGCUCAUAGAUAGCAGUUUUUGAAGAGCAUAUUUUGUGUUGAAUCUUAUCUGAGACGUCCUAAACAAUUUCGAAAACUCGAAGUAACGCAUCUUGUCGCAUCUGUAUCAGUUUAGUUGCGAUCGGCAGCAGUUUCUGGUUGGUAUCCCCCUUCGAAUGUUAUAGCUGUGCAGAAAAUUUAUCACGGGGAUAGCGAAGCAGCUUGGAAAGGUUGAAGAUCCAAAAGCUGCGAUAGUUUCUGUAAGUUUUCACUGUUUUGAUUCACCUACACAUGUGGCAGAACCGAGCGAGUGUUGUUGGUUCAUGUUUUAGGUGAAUUCUCCAGGUGAACUCUUAAUUGCGCGAACGAUGGUUUCUUGAUUCUGUUUUACACUCUCCGGUAGUUUAGCGUGCCUGGCUCAGACAGUGAAUUUCGUCUCUUGAUCCUGGUGCACUACGCCACUGUGCUUUGCAGUGCAACCUAUUUCACUUUUCUUCAACAAGUGUAGUGUUCAGUGCCUCGAACAGUUUAGCAGGUCUAAUCUCAGUCGAUCUCGGGUCGUCACAGCACCAAAUGUAGUCCACCCUCUUACCACAUAUGGCCUGAUUAUGCUGUAUUGUAAUCUAGUGAGUUAAUCGGAUGAGAAGUAUUAGUUGCAGUUUUAUAGCCGUUCACACACUAGGAGGAUGUGGCUUACAUAUUUAGCUUUACAGUGUGGACCGUCAUAUAUUUUGCACGAAUCCGACCAUUCGAUUGCGACUUGAAUUGAAGAAUUGAUUUGUUCGUUUCAGUUCGUAUUACAGCACUGUGUGUGUGUGUGUGUGCGUCGAUGUCUUCUUGGUGUAGAGCAGGUCACUGUUUACAGUCGUUCUCCCAAUCUCUGUAGAGACAAAGAUAAAAUUCUUAUACAAAUUUUUACUUCACAAUAUCCUUUUUAGAGAGAUGGGAAAAGGAGGUGGAAAGUGUGCAAGUAGAGCGCACAGUGCGAGCUCCACAAGAACGUCAAGGCUCCCUGCUAAGAAGAAUAGAAAGCCUCCAGUUAAGUCGCCAACACAAGCUUCGAAGUCAAGUUCUUCUAAGGACAAAGUCAUUGACCCCGAUCCUUCAACCCUGGUGCCUCUGAUUUCCAAGAAAGAAUCGCAGCCAGCCGCAGUUGAGAAAAUUAAUGAUGAUGAUGACAUUGAUACGAAUGUCACCUUUGAUCAAGAAGAAUUGGAUUAUCCUGCAUCCGAACAUGAACGAAGGCUUACAGGAGCAUCAUCGUCCGAGAUGCCAAGUGUCUACAACACUGCAAAUGCUAGUCCUGCCAGGUCAUUUUCAAGUGGAGCACGAAGCCCUGACACUGUGUAUCUCAGCGGAUCAGAAGACAUCCCGCAGUACAUUGCCUCACCUGUGCACCCUGUUGGGAUGCCCUUGGCCAUAAAGCAUUCAAAGGCUGGUGCAAAUUCACCAGAGUCUGUUGUCUCUUCUCAACGCCGUAUUCACAAUGAUGAGGAUCAGUUUAUUGCGAGAUGGGCACCUGCCUCAUCUUCAAGUAGUACUGGGCCAAGCGGUGGUGUUUUGAGGAAAAGACAUAGUGUUGCUGCAUCAAGCACCGCACCACUGGAAGUCAGAAGUUUGACAACCAGCAGUAGUUUUCCAACACCUGGUGGGCGCAUUGAGGGAAAGCCGGUACCAAACAUUGAUUCUGUUAAUAAAACAAUUGAUGAAGUAAAUCUUUUUGGAGAAAGUGAAUCACGGAAAAAAGAUGGGCCCCUAGUUGUAGAGGGACAUAUUGCCAAUAAAGAAGAACCGAAGCCGUAUGAUUCUCAAGGAGCAGAAGCAUUAAAAGAGUCAUUAGAUGACAACUGGGAAAUGGUACCAGCACAGCAUCAGUCAAAAGGGUUAGGUCGGGAAUGGAUUGCGGUGCCUACGCCUAGUAUCACUGACACCAAGCUGCAUGCGCCUUCAUCUCAAGAGAGCAAGGAGGUGGAAUCACCAGAGCAAGUGAAUGAGAGAGGUAUUGGGAAGUCAAGAGAGGAGCCCCUUGAAGUCUUUUCGAGUAUACAACCAGUAAUUUCAAUUGCAGAUAGUGUUAGCAAGGCCGCAGAAGGACCAGAAACUCCUGUCCAAAAAGAAAAUAUUAUGAAAUCAGUGGCCAGUGAUCAGUCUGACGAGAUUGAAACUCGGUCGUUAAAUGGUGAAGGAGGAGAUUAUGUAUUUUUGGGGGCAACAGGAAGUCCAAAAACAGAACAAAGUUCUCAAGAUCCAGACCUUGACACUGAUGUUCCUGAGUCAACCAUUGCACUGAAUAAGCUCGCUUCAUCAUCAAAAGGUGAUGAUAGUCCUGUGCCGAAUGCCACACUCCAAAACAAUGAGGCAGAGGACAUACCCAUUGUAGCACAUGGUCUAAGAGAAGAGACUCCUACUAUAUAUGAUAGGAAUGAGGAAGACAGGGAGGCAAAGCCCCUAUCAAAAUCCGUAAAGGAAGAUGAGGAAACACCAGAAGUUGCCGAGAAGGGAUUGGCAUCUCCUGCUCCGGUACCUGAAGAAAAGGAUGCUCCAUCUUUUGAGUUAGAUACUACCCCGCUCGAAAAGACUGCUGCUCCUAAGCAUUCCGAAUACGAUCCUGCAGAAUUAGUGGAGGAGGCUGGAAUAGCCGCACCAGCUCUGUCGGAGGAUGCCCAUGUCGACCAGCCUGAUGUUGAACAAGUUCAUGAUUCCAAGGUUUCUGGUGAAGUUGAGGCGUCUACAUCCGAGCCUGUUAUUGAAACUGAGUCUGGAAGUGCAGCCCCUGCUGAGGGUGUGUCAUCGGUUGAGGAAGCCGUUCAUGAGUCGAUUACUACCCCAGUGGCGGAGAAUUUGGCAGCGGAGGUUGGUGAACAAGACGGUAUAGGUGUGGAAUUUCCGGCAAAUGACAAUCCUGAUGCUGAUAGCUGGAGAAUUUUCAAACAGGAGAUUGAAAAUGAUACAUCACAGGCUUCCGAAGGACCUGAGGCAAAUGUGGCCGAGGAGGCUAAGGUCGAGGAGCUAGCUGCAGCAGCGGAUGCUGAAGUGGAAACUACAGCUUCAGCGGGAAAAAGGGAACUUUUAGGGGGUCCGGGGGCCUUUCAGGUCGACUCAGCCUCAGUUGAGGUGGAGGUUGCCCCCGCCCGUGUGGAGGAAUCUGCUGUCACUGAAGUUGAGAAACCCACAUCUGCAACGGAGGGAAAUAACGCAGAGAAAGCUUCUGCACUAGUAGAGGAGGAAGUGAAGCAGGAGGCCACUGCUUCGUCUGCCACAGCUUCUCCACUAGAUGCAAAUGCUGCGGAAACAGCCCUUGAACUGCAGAGCCGUGAGAGCGAACUUCCCGUUGCGGGUAGCGAGCCGUUAUCAGAGACUGUAUCAGAAAUCCAGGCUGUCCCCGACCGAGACGCCGAUUCCCCAGUUAGUGAAGACCAGGCUGCGGCUAUUGGUGAUGGCACGCUUGAAGUGCAGCACGAUGAUGCUCCUAUGGACGUGGUUGAAUCUGCACCUCUUGGAAAUGACGCAUCCACACCAGCUUUAGACACUGCACAGGCUGAAGAACCCGUGGCCUCAACCUCCUCUACUUCAGCUACUGCGGAUGGAGUACCGGAGGUGCAGAGUCGUGAGUUUGAGAUUCCCGGUGCGGGUAGCGAGCCAAUUCCAGAGGCUUCAUUAGGAGUUGAGGGUGCGAAUGAGGUAGACGUCGAUUCCCCAGUUUCUGCGGAGCAGGAUGCGCCUGCUGGUGAUGACACACCUGUAGCGCUGGAGCAGGCCGUCCCCUCUAGCUUGGACUCACCCACACCUGGUUUGGAGUCUGCAAAAGAUGGAGGGGAUGUGGUAUCUUUGAGUAAGGAUGAGGAGGUAGAUGCUUCACCUGUGCAAGUGGUUGAGGACAGCUCAGUGGUGGAUGCAAGUGCGGAACCGUCGCCGACAGCUGCCGAGGCCGUCGCUGAUGAGGUUGCAGGAGCGCAGGCAGAGGUGCCCGUGAUUGUGGAUGCGAGUGAUGCAGCGGUCACACCAGAUACGAAUGCUGUGGACACUGCUGAAGAACAGAGCCGCAAGGUUGAACUACCCGUUGCGAUCAGCGAGCCGGUAUCACAGAGUGCAUCCGAGGCUGCUCCCGAGGUGGUGGGUUUAACUGAUGUGGAAGGUGCAUCCAGUCCUGUUAAGCAGGUAGAUUCUCCUAAGGUGGCAGAGGUUGCUCCAGGUGAAGAUGCAUCGGCAGGUAUUGCUGGUGGCUUGAAAGACGUUGAGUGAACGCUCAGUUUGCAACUAUUCAUUGUCUCCAGUUUCUUCACGUACAAUUGAAACGAUUUCUGUUUUCGAUCUGUCAAAGUGUCCCUCCUUUUAGUGAUGGACAUUCUGCUUUUGCCACUGUGGAUGAGAACCUUGGCUAUUUAACGCUUAGCAUUGGGCUCCAAUCUCGCUUGUGUCGACUGUUGCCAAGCAUAGCUUGUGACUCCUGUCAGUCCAAUCCUUGCGACUUAAGUAUCUACAAGAAGCAUUCGGUUGUAAUAAGGUUAGCUGUGACCGGCCCUUCAGCAGUGCGUUGGCUGUCCUUGGGCAAGUAGUGGGAGAAUUUGAUAUUGUUGCAGCGAGGAGGGUGUUGCGUACGGGGGACGUAUGAGCGCACACGUAUGCCUGCAUUAGUCAGAGAAUGCUUCGCUUCUCGUGAGAGUACGAGUAGGUGGUUUCAGUGCGAACUGUUCCGUAUAAGAGUUGUUACUAAUUUUGUCCACGACACUAUGUGCAGUAUGUUCGGAAUAUGAGAAUAAUAGAUGAAGUUUCUCACUUUCUGUAGAAUUGGGUCUAGGUUCUUUUUUAACACUAUUAAUAUGUCUGGAGUUCCACCCAUUGUCUGAACUAAUCCAAAUGUCACCCACUGUCUGGCAGCGCUCGGCAAGUUUUUCCUUGUCUUCUUCCUUGUCCAUACAGGUCAUACACCAGCCGUUUUGUACUGUAAACAAUGUAAAGAAAAUUUACAAUGGGAUCAAUUCUAUCA